GUGUAAGUGGAGUAUAACGGAUAAACCAGAAACCAGAGAGGAGCAGAAAAGAGUUCUGAAAGAAAGAGAGAAAAAGAAAAUGGUAGGCGCCUCCUCUCUGCAGCAAAGACUCAUAUAUUCUCUUGUAGGAGAUUGUUUUAUCCAAUCAAAACAUCCUCUUUCUAAGCUCUUUCACUACGAUCCAGGAAGAAAACAUGUGUCGAUGCAACUAUCUAGAGGACUUUCUGGCUUAACUGAUCUUCUUUUCAGUAGAAGAAAUGAGGAUGAAGGGACAAACAAUAAGCGUAAACGACUAAGGCCAGGAAAGAUAUCUCCUUGUCGGCCUGUCCCAAAUCAUAUACAACGACCUCCCUAUGUUAAUUCUCGGCAACCACCUGGGAUUGCAAGUGGACCUGAAGUGCAUGACGAGAGGGGGAUAGAAUGCAUGAGAGCUUCUGGAAAGCUUGCUGCACAGGUCCUUGAAUAUGCUGGGACACUAGUGAAGCCAGGCGUGAAGACAGAUGACAUUGAUGAAGCAGUUCACCAGAUGAUUAUUGACAAUGGAGCAUAUCCUUCGCCUCUUGGCUAUGGUGGAUUUCCUAAGAGUGUCUGCACAUCAGUGAAUGAGUGCAUUUGCCAUGGCAUACCAGACUCUCGUGCCCUUGAGGAUGGGGAUAUUAUCAAUAUUGAUGUUACAGUUUAUCUAAAUGGUUAUCAUGGCGAUACAUCUUCAACUUUCUUCUGUGGCGACGUUGAUGAUCAAGCCAGAAAUUUGGUUCAGGUAACAAAAGAAUGCCUUGAUAAAGCAAUAUCAAUAUGUGCACCAGGAGUGGAGUAUAAGAAAAUCGGCCACACAAUACAUGCCUAUGCAGAUAAACAUCGCUAUGGUGUUGUUCGACAAUUUGUUGGCCAUGGUGUUGGGCGUGUCUUCCAUGCCGAUCCAGUUAUUCUACACUACAGAAACAAUGAUGGUGGGCGCAUGAUGUUGAAUCAAACCUUUACAAUCGAGCCAAUGCUGACAAUUGGUAGCAUCAACCCAGUCAUGUGGAACGAUAACUGGACAGUUGUCACAGAAGAUGGUAAUCUAUCCGCGCAGUUUGAGCAUACCAUUCUAAUAACAAAAGAUGGGGCUGAGAUCUUGACCAAGUGUUGAAUGUGUAUUUAGAAAGUAUGGCUGAACCCUCCCAAGUCUAUCCAUUUACAUAAGCUAGAUGUGAUUGAAUUUGCCUCGUGCUAAAAAUUCUAUUGCAGGGGCAACAUGUUCUUUACCUCUACUAUGUAUUUUUUCUGGAUGCCAUUAAAUCCAUUUUUGGUUGUAAUUUGUAACUUAUUCAUGCUCUAUUUGUUCAAGGGCCUCCUGCAAAUUACAUGAAUUAUUGGUUCAGUAACUGUAAGCAUAGUAAAAGUGUAUUACUUAUGUUAUCAAAAAUUAGAUAACUCUGAAUAAUCCUUUCUGAUCAAUAAGAACUGAAUUAUCUCUCUGAUUCCAACAUAAAA